AUGCCGCUCGACCAGUCCUUCUGCGGAGCUUUACAGCCAUGGGGCACACCACACUGCAAUCGGGACACAACACACAACACACUGAAAUCGAGAUUUCUCCCUCCCCGAGCCGCGCUAUCAGCUGGGGAGGUCCUCUUGCCUUUUCCUAGUCUGGAUUCUAGUUACCCGCUGGUUAUUGCCCUGGAGCUCAACAUUCACCUCAUUCUCACCUCAUCCCCCUCCGAACCGGGGCAGAGGGACGUUGUGGUGAAUGCGGAGCCCGUCGCCGGGUGUGGGAAACGCACUACUACGAGGUCCACACUCACGUCGUCUCACAGAGACGUCUCACUCAUCACACUCCGGGAUCCCAACCCCGACAGAGCGGGCCCCGCUGCCUCCGAACGGGGCAACCUCAGUAGCCCCGAAGGACCACUGAAAGGGCACACUCAAUUUGCUGCCUCGUGGAAUAACAAUAAUAUUGUUUUGCACACAUUCCCCAAGAUCAAGUCCAAAGCAGUGAGCUCUGCUAGCCCACAAACACCGGCUCAAGUUAAAACUUUUCGAAAAGGGUUGCUUAACCCCUUCAACUCAGGCUCAACCUUAAUGUACAGCUUAACAACACAGUUCACACGAAGUAUUUCAGAACCAUUUCUGCCCAGUUUCAAACUGAAACCGACAAAAUUCCUUGCCGUUCAGAAUUUCAGGAGGUACCGGCCCACUUAGGGCCACGGGCCCCUGGACACGAAUGCCGGCCCUUUUCCCUGUGACACAAAAGUCAUCACCCUGGGUUCCUGAUGUCAGUUUGUAGGAGGCACUUUGAACUGCCAGAGCAGUUCAAAUCGGAGGUGGCAGCAGGUUGGGUUCGGGAGACAUCCCGCACCAUUCGGAAUUUCCACAGGCGUCCACCCACUCAAGGCCACGGGCCCCUAGUCACGAAUGCCGGCCCUCUCCUCCGUGCAACAAAACUCACCACCCCGCGUUCCUGGCGUCAGUUUGCAAGAGGCGCUCGGCACUGCCAGGGUAGCCCGAGUAGCAGGUGGAGGCCGGUUGCCUUUUGGAGACAUCCUGUGCCGUUUAGAGCUUUAGGAGGCAGCAGCCCGCUCAGGGCCGCAGGGCCCCGGACCCGAACGCCGUCCAUUUUCCGUGGGAACGAAAACUCACCACCCCAGGUUCCUGACGCCAGUUUGCAGGAGGCGCUCGGCACUGCCAGGGCAGCCCGAGUCGGAGGCGGCGGCAGGUCGGGUACGGGAGACACCCCGCGCCGUUCGCAAUUUCAGGAGGCGCCUGGCCACUCAGGGUCACUGGCCCCCGAACACGAACGCCAGCGCGUUUCCUUGUGAAACAAAACUCACCACCCUGGGUUCCUGAAGUCAAUUUGUAGGAGGUACUUGGCACUGCCAGGGUAGCCUGAGCUGGAGGCAGUACCAAGUUGGGUCUGGGAGACAUCCCGCGCCUUUUGGAAUUUUAGGAGGCAGCAGCCCACUCGGGGCCACAGUGUGAAUGC